GCGCGCUCACGGAGAAAAGCACCUGGUGACAGCUCGCGGUUCGCUAUGGAGGGAACGGUUCGGACCCGCGCUGCAUCUCGCAUCUUAUUACGCAUUUCGCCCUGAAACAGAGUUCGGAGGAGGCAGGACAGAGGACAGAGGACAGCUGUGUCCCGCUGCGAUGCCGAACAGGCCGAGGACACAGUCCUGAAGAUUGAUGGAGGGCCAUGCUGUUCAAACAGCCGGCGUUGCUGAGACAGAAGCUCUUCGUGCUGGGCAGCCUCGCUCUCGGGAGCCUCCUCUACCUCGUGGCGAGAGUCGGGAGCCUGGAGAGGCUGCAGCCCAUCUGCCCCGUGGACAGCAGAGCGGCCCCCCACACCCAUGAGCAGAUCCCCCUGCGGACGCUGCAGUACAAGCGUGGUCUGCUCCACGAGCUGCGCAGGGGCAAUGCCACCAAGGAGCAGAACCUGCUUCACCACCUGGUCCAGCAGCUUCCUCGAGCCAUCAUCAUCGGGGUCCGCAAAGGAGGCACCCGGGCCCUGCUGGAGAUGCUCAACUUGCACCCGGCUGUGGUCAAGGCCUCCCAGGAGAUCCACUUCUUUGACAACGACAAGAACUAUGCCCGAGGUAUCGACUGGUACCGUGAGAAGAUGCCCUACUCCCUCCCCCACCAGAUCACCAUCGAGAAGAGCCCAGCCUACUUCAUCACGGAGGAGGUCCCCGAGCGUAUCUUCAAGAUGAACUCCUCCAUCAAGCUCCUCGUCAUCGUGCGGGAGCCCACCACACGCGCCAUCUCCGACUACACCCAGGUGCUGGAGGGUAAGGAGCGCAAGAACAAGACCUACCACAAGUUUGAGAAGCUGGCCAUCGACGCUGGCACCUGCGAGGUGAACACCAAGUAUAAAGCGGUACGGACCAGCAUAUACACCAAACACCUGGAGCGCUGGCUCAAGUACUUUCCUGUGGAGCAGUUCCACAUUGUGGAUGGGGACCGGCUCAUCACAAACCCCUUGCCAGAACUCCAGCUGGUGGAGAAGUUCCUCAACCUCCCCUCGCGGAUCAGUCAGUACAACCUGUACUUCAACGCCACCAGGGGCUUCUACUGCCUGCGCUUUAACAUUGUCUUCAACAAGUGCCUUGCGGGAAGCAAAGGUCGCACCCACCCAGAGGUGGACCCCUCAGUGGUGGCCAAGCUGCGGAAAUUCUUCCACCCCUUCAAUCAGAAGUUUUACCAGAUCACCGGGAGGACAUUUAAUUGGCCCUGAGGAAACCAGAAAUUUACAAACUUCUUUGUGGGAGUUGGUACUCUGGCAUUUUCAGAAAUGUUCUUUUCGAAACAAUAAUAAAGCACUUUGCUUGAAACUAAGACUGAAAAGCAUCAUGAGGUGACCAAAUAUGGGAUGGGAUCAGUGUUACGUUGUCGAUAAAUACGUGAAAGUUUGCGAGAACUAACCAUGCUUACAUGCUUGUGUAAGUAACCACGCUUACAUAUGCUUCUCGUUUACAUCCACGAGUAGAAACUCAGACCUGGCAUCCUCUGAUUUAAGCAGCAUUCAUCUGUAGCCAGUGCCCGUGAUAGAUUACUUUAGUGCACGCUGGAAACACUGAGAGAGGCCAUACCGUUUUUGAAACGUGAUACGCAGCUGCACAAUUAAGGCCAUUAGAGAAAACAGUAUCACAUCCCAUCAGGUGACGGGAACUCACAAGAAGCCGGUCAGAUUAUAUUAUUUUGCACUUUUUUGCGUUCUCUUCGGAUGGAGUCAUACAAAAUUCAUACAAGUGGGCCCAUUCAUUGUCAUGUUUUGUGUUUGUGUUUUCGUCUGUGUGUGCGUCAGUGUGCAUGUGUGUGCCUUGAAGGAUAAAGAUUAUAUUUGAGUCCACUAUUUCAUUUAAUAAAUCGAAAAUUUAUUUGUUCUAGAAAAAAAAUUGAUUGCAUUUGCUUUGUUACAAAGCGCUGGAGAGAAUACAUUUUCCUGACGGAAUUAAAAGAAAAGUCAUUAAAAAAGCAUAAUAUUAUUUCAUCACACCAGGGAAAGGGAUCAAGGUAAAGUCAAGGAAAAUCACAGUACAAAAAAUGUGUAGCAAAGUAAAGAUUAUGCAACAAGCAUUUAUUUCAGCGUUAUUUUACGGACAAUCCACACGAACCACAUAUUUUUUGCUUUUCUCCUUGCUUACUGGUCUCAUGCUCAUUUACAGAACAUGUUUAUUCUUCUGUUUUGCUGUAUUUUGUGUUGUUUUUCAUUAUCUCCCUACAAGGCAAAAAUAUUCAAACUAAAUUCUGGAGUGUAAAAUACUAAAACACUGGUGCUGGGCUGUACUAAAAUUUCUUGGAACAAAACUAAAAAAAUUCAAUAUUCAGUACUAAUUCAGUGUGACAAAACGGAAAGGAUUUUAUUUAUAACUAAUUUUAUGUUUUUUUUUUUUCCCCAUGGAAUGUGAGAAAGAAGAACAAAUACUAUACUUUUUAUUUUAUAUAUUUCUUUUAUUUUUACACAAAUCAAGACUUUUAAAACCAGAGAAGAAUAUGUGCAGACAGUCUUGUUUUUUGUAUAAUGAUAGUUCUACGAAAAAGGCUUUAAUUCAAACAGGAUGAAGACAAACAUUUCAACACUGGUCUGAGCUUAAAGAGUCUGUGUUUCUUAAUAUUCCUGCAAAUUCUGUGCAUUAAAAAAAUAAACAAGAUCAGCUUGUCUCUCUUAA